CAAGGCAGACACAGUUUGUGACCCUAAGCUAAAAUAAAUACUAAAAAAAGAAACUAUAAGCAUCUCUACUCUCUCUCUCUCUCCAUUUCUUUCUUUUCUGUAACACAAAGCUCAUAUAAAUUAUAUCCAUAUAGUCCAUGGAACCUAUAGAAAAUAUUGGUGAGGAGUACCAGAAUUAUUGGGAAACUAAAAUGUUUCUCCAAAAUGAGGAGCUUGAUAGUUGGGCUAUGGAUGAAGCGUUUUCGUAUUACGAUUCGAGUUCGCCGGACGGAGCUGCUUCAUCGGCGGCCUCCAAGAAUAUUGUGUCCGAAAGAAAUAGAAGGAAGAAGCUUAAUGAAAGACUGUUUGCUCUCAGAGCUGUGGUCCCUAACAUUAGUAAGAUGGACAAGGCUUCCAUAAUUAAAGAUGCCAUUGAUUACAUUCAAGAUUUACAUGAGCAAGAAAGAAGAAUUCAAGCUGAGAUAAUGGAGCUUGAGUCUGGGAAAUUGAAGAAGAAUAACAAUCUUGGUUAUGACUUUGAGCAGGAGUUACCUGUCUUGUUAAGAUCCAAGAAAAAGAAAAUUGAUCAAUUCUAUGAUUCCACUGGCUCUAGAGCUUGUCCAAUUGAACUUCUUGAGUUGAGUGUUGCUUACAUGGGAGAGAAGACUCUGUUGGUGAGCUUGACAUGUAGUAAAAGGACAGACACAAUGGUUAAACUUUGUGAGGUGUUUGAAUCUUUGAAGCUCAAAAUAAUUACUGCUAAUAUUACAACCGUCUCAGGAAGGCUUUUGAAGACUGUCUUCAUUGAGGCAGAUGAAGAUGAGAAAGACCGUUUGAAGAUAAAAAUUGAAACAGCAAUUGCCGCGCUUAAUGAUCCCCAAAGUCCUAUGAGCAUGUGACAAAAAGUUACACAUCCCUUCUUAUGGAUUGGGCUUUCUUAAUUAGUUUUGUUAUCUUUUGUUUCGGCUUUACUUUCCUCCCACUCGAUCGAGAGUGUGGUUGCUUUUUUCUUUUUCUUAUUUUUCUUUCUCUCUUUCAAAAUAAAAAUUUCAUAUUCCCCAGUG